UAACCCAGCCCUAUAUGUAUGUAUGUACAAUUUUUGUCAGAAAUUUUCUCUCGCACAAAGCGAUGUGUUUUAGCUCAAUUUGUAAUUAAUUCAAAUGUGAAAUGUAUAAACGAAAAUAGUUAUUAUUAUUUAUUCUGAAACCCAAAAAACUAAACUGCAUUUAGCUAGCGCUUUCGACUUGUACAGCGUUUGCUUCCGGGUCGCCUUCUCCACUUUUUUGACUUUCGUGGUCCACACAACUGGCCCCAAAAGCGUAGACAGAGGUGUGUGUGUGUGCGAGUGUGUGUGUGUGAGCAAGUGAACCUGUGCGUGUGAGUGUGUGUGUACGUUGUUUUGUUCCUUCCUUACUGAGGCUGAGGCAAGGUGAAACAUGAAGAUGGCUGACGGCUCGACAAUAUUGCGUAGAAACCGACCGGGCACAAAAUCAAAGGAUUUCUGUCGCUGGCCCGACGAGCCGCUGGAGGAAAUGGACAGUACACUGGCCGUGCAGCAGUACAUACAGCAGAUGAUCAAGCGAGAUCCAUCGAAUGUGGAGCUGAUAUUGACGAUGCCCGAGGCACAGGACGAGGGUGUGUGGAAGUAUGAACACUUGCGGCAAUUCUGCAUGGAAUUGAACGGGUUGGCUGUGCGGCUGCAGAAACAAUGCUCACCGUCGACGUGUACGCAAAUGACGGCCACCGAUCAAUGGAUAUUCUUAUGUGCGGCCCAUAAAACGCCCAAAGAGUGCCCCGCCAUUGAUUAUACACGGCACACACUGGACGGCGCCGCUUGUCUGCUGAAUAGCAACAAAUACUUUCCAAGCAGAGUUUCCAUUAAGGAGUCGUCGGUGACCAAGCUGGGGUCGGUGUGUCGGCGGGUUUAUCGCAUCUUUUCGCAUGCGUAUUUUCAUCAUCGCCGCAUCUUUGAUGAGUUCGAGGCGGAAACGUAUCUAUGCCACCGAUUUACACAUUUCGUCACAAAAUACAAUCUCAUGUCCAAGGAGAAUCUGAUUGUGCCCAUCAACGAGGAGGAGAACGCGGCACCCGGCGAAAGUGAAGCUUAAACAAACCACAACAAACAACCACUGCAGAAACAGCAAAACAAUAAAAAAAAACCACAAACAACACAAAUGAAAAACAUACAGCAUAAGAAAUUAUUGACGGACAAAGCGCAGUCAUUCUCAUACACAACUCACUUAAACAUAUUUAUAAUAUAUAUAUAUAUAUUUACUAAUAGCUUGCAUUAGAUUCAACGAUAAAGGCAUCAUUCUGUUCUAUUUUCUACUGAGAGAAAUGAGUGGGCCGCAAGAAGAAGAAGAAUGAAAUUGAAACUCAUUUGCAAAUUUCUGUGUAUGUAGUUCAAUCGACAAGUAUAAACGUAUAAAGCUCUAUGAUGAAAUUAACAAAUUGCUAAAUUCAGACAACUAUACAGUUUCCCUACAUAAUUCCGUUACGUUAUAAUUACGAUUAUGUUAAAAUUCUUAUUUUAAAUAAAUUAUAUGUAGAAACACACGCAAAAUACAUGAA